AGACAGCGAGAGAGCGAAAAACACGAACAAGUUCAGAUAGACGCAGCAGGCUCGAAACUCAGACACUGAAGAAGACAUAUUAUUACUAAAUCUUAUUUUCUGUGCGUGUACUAUUCUCUCUCUCUCUCUCUCUCUCUCGCUAUUUGCAUAUCUCAUCCUUAUGUUGUUCUAUGGAUCCAUUCGAUUUGGUUUCUUCAAUCAUAGAGCUUCGCAAAGGAUUUGGGUAAUGACCAGUGCAAUUUUGGGUACUUUCUCAGUCCGAAGUCUUCUUAUCUACCGUAUGUAGAAUCCUUUUUUUCUUUCCUUAUUUGACAAAACAAAAGAAAAAAACAAAGAAGGAAUGAGCUUGUCCAACAAAGGGGUCACUACCAAUGAUAAAAAGCUAAAUACCAGAGGCAAGGCGAUGACUUUGAAUCCAAAUGCUGCAGAAUUCAUCCCCUUUGCUCUCAGAUCAUCUGCUGGAAGCACCAGCACUGCUGAUUUGUCGACAAGCUUGGGUGCCUCUGGGACUGGGACAUUAGGAAAAGCAGUGAUAGAUCGAUCAGAAUCAUCAAUUUCAAAUAAUUCUGAUGACGAGGCUCACCAGUUCUGGCGCCACCAGCUCCCUGAUGAUAUCACUCCUGACUUUAAGGUUAUGGGGGAAGAUGAGUCUCUGGGAAUCAACAGCAUCCCUUUUUCAACUUUAUCCUUGCAUGAUGGAAAUGAAACCUUCAGGUUCUCUCCUUCUACAGGAAGUGGUUUUAUAUUGAAAGAGCAGCAUGAAUUAUCUUCUCAAGGAAUCAAUAGGAAUAGCUUUGCCGAGAAGAUGAGAUAUUCUGUUGCAUCCUAUGGUGAAGAUGCAUCUUCAGCCAACUUCCUUCAUUUGCCACCUAAACCUUGGGGAAAGCCAAUUGUGGACAACGAUCAGGUUCUUACAACUAUUCGAGAGGGGCUUCCAUAUAAUGGGAAUUCUAGACAGGGAAUGCUAAAUGAGCAAGCAAUAGCAGAAAAUACAGAGAUGAAUCCUCUUGAGUUUUUAGCUUCACAAUUUCCUGGUUUUGCUGCUGAGAGCCUUGCAGAGGUGUAUGUUACCAAUGGAGGUGACUUGAACCUGACAAUUGAAAUGCUUACUCAACUUGAGCUGCAAGAUGAUUGUGGUUUGAAUCAGAAUUUCAACCCAAAGGCAUUGUCAGCUCCAAAUCUCAGUGCACUGGAUUUUCCUGUACUCUCUGUGCAAGAUGUUCAAAAUGGUCUGCCAAAAUAUGCUGGAGAUGAUAUCCAGCAAUCUUUUAGUCCUCAUCGGUCUGCCAGCAAGGACAGUUUGCUCUUGUUCAAAUCUAACUCUUCCAUUCCUACAAGAAGUACUACAGAUUUUGCUUCAGCUGUCAGGAAAAUGUCUUCUCAGGAUUCUGGUAUAUGGAAGUAUGAUAGAAAUGGUUCUGCUGAUGCUAGUGUUGGAUCAAGUAGAACUGCAAAUGUAUUGGCUAGCUCUUACAAUGGUGGUAGGGGCAUCUAUGGUGGGGAUAGGUUACAAAGUCGGAGUUCAUCCCAGGCAGCUCCUGUCUGGCUUGAAACUGGAGAAGCAGUAGGGAAUAUGUACUCCGAAAUGCGAGACGAAGCUCGUGACCAUGCACAAUUACGUAAUGCAUACUUUGAACAGGCACGGCAGGCUUACCUAUUUGGUAACAAGGCUUUAGCAAAGGAACUCACUGUGAAAGGGCAGGUACACAACAUGCACCUGAGGGCAGCUCAUGGAAAAGCUCAAGAAUCUAUUUUUCGUCAGAGAAACCCAGUUAAUCCUGAAAUUCAGGGCAAUGGAAGAGGUGGUGGACAAGAGAGGAUGAUAGACCUGCAUGGGUUACAUGUGAGUGAAGCCCUUCAUGUCCUAAAGCAUGAACUGGCGCUUUUGAGGAGCACAGCUAAGUCAGUGGAGCAGCGGCUUCAAGUUUAUGUAUGUGUUGGAACGGGCCACCACACUAGGGGUUCUCGCACUCCUGUAAGACUUCCGAUUGCUGUCCAGCGCUAUCUGCUUGAGGAGGAGGGCCUUGAUUACUCGGAACCACAGCCAGGACUUCUCCGGGUUGUGAUAUGUUGAGUUGAGUUUUGGGAAGUUUAGGAGGAUGUUUCUUUUUUGACAACAGUGUAGCCCAGGAAAUCGGUCAUGAAAAAUUCUUGUAUCUGUAUAGUGGAUGAGGAAUCAAAAGAAAGAAGAACGUCUCAAAAGGGCCAAAAAAAAAAAAAAAAAAAAAAAAAAAAAGAAGCAAGGCGGAAAUGUAUUAUUAAUGUUUAAUCAGUCAAUAGUGGAAUUACAUUAUGGUAGCCAUUGGGAUCUACAUCAGAGCUGGUCUUUUGUAAUUUUGUUUUUUAAAUUUCAGAUGUAACUGAUAGAAUUCGUUUAUAUGAUAGCUCAAUUUCACAUG